AUGACACCAUCCGAAUUACUUGUGCAGACUCAGAAGGCAGUUGGAGAGAAAGAAUUAAUUGAGUGGCACGAAACUCUUAUUCAGUUCAGAGAAGAAGAAAAAUCUCUCAUAACAUCAACUAAAGCCGAUAAUGAGCAGGUAGAAAAUCUAGAAAAGAGAAACUCAGUUCUGGAAAAAGACAUUCGAUUAUACGAACUACGUAUACCUUUUGCCCGCUACGGUGUUGCGAAACAUUUGUAUGAUGUAGAAAAACAAAAACGUGCGGAAGCGCACUUAGAAUAUCAAAAUCUUGCUAAAGAGAAUGAACCUGCAAACGCUAGAAAAAGUGAACUAGAAGAAUUAGUAUCACGGACUGCCAAAGAGAAAAAAAGAUGCACUGAAUUGUAUAGCACAAAAAAACGGAAAAUGGAAGAAACGGCAAAUAAAUUAGAACAAUCGAAUAUUCGAAGGGAUUUAGCGGAUCUCAAGAAAAAGGAAAGGACAAGAAAAAAUCGUAUUGCUCAACUUCGUGCUGACAUUGCCGAAUUGGAAGAAAGAACUAGAACGCCACCUUUAGCAAGUGAUGACACAGAUCUUCGGCGAAAAUGGGAUGAUGUAGGACGCCGUUUAGGAGAAUUAAAACUACAGCUGAACGAAAAUAAAUUUAAUCAAGAUGAAAUUAACUUAGAGGCCAACAAAGUAGAUCGCGAAAUGCAAGGGAUAAGACGGCAACUCAAAGAACUUGAUGACGUAAAACGGCGUCGUCUUGAAACCAUUCGACGCGUUGAUUAUGAAACUUUUCGAGCUUAUGAAUGGUUGCAGCAAAAUCAGGACAAAUUGAGUGGACGCGUUUUUGGACCAGUUUGUAUGGAAAUAAACAUUAAAGACAUGCAAUAUGCUGAUGCAAUAGAGAAUGCGCUGGGGAACCUUUAUCAAAUAUCAGCUAAGGUAAUUGCUUUUAUAGACAUUCGUAUGUGA